ACAUUAGCUUACAGUACCAUAUUUGGGCCUAAAUAUUAGUCGUCCUUUUCAGCGCAAUUCAUUCUGAGAAUAAACGUUAAAUUUAUUUUGCGUCGCUAGCUCUACAAAUUCCCUUCAAGAUGAGGUUUAUGCUGACGUUUCUAAGGCACGGUGAAACUGACUGGAAUGCUCAGCUGAAAUGUCAAGGACAGGCCGAUAUUCCUCUCAAUAAAGAAGGGCUUGAUCAAGCCAAGGCCGUUGCAACUUACCUUGCCAAUGAGAAGUUUGAUUAUGUAUUUUCAAGUGACUUGAGCAGGAGUUUCCAGACUGUCCAGAAAGUGGUAGAGCUCGGACCCAACCCAAAGCUGGAGAUUGUAAAAGACAAAAGGCUCAGAGAACGAAGCUUUGGUGUUUACGAAGGAAUGUCAUUUGAUAUCUAUCAACAUGCCCUUCAGAACUGUGUUGGAGAGUUUGUAGUAGAAGGAGGAGAAACAGCCCCUCAGGCAUUACAAAGAUUUAUCGACUUCCUCAACGACAUGUGCAAGAGUGUCAAAACACAGGAAACAAACAAAGUAAACAGUGCAAAGAGCUCUGAAGGGGAGGCUUCCGGUGCUUCCAAUACCGCAUCAAACCCAGCAGGUGGGGCUACAUCCAAGGUAUUUGUGUCUGAAUUCACAGGCGAGGACAAGGCAGCGAGGAUACUCCCCCACGUGCUCGUCUCGACGCACGGCUUCAUGAUCAGGGGCUUCCUCAAAUACCUCCACUGCGCCGUCAACGUGGAGAUUCCGGAAGGCGAUUGGCUGAUCGACGACGGUUGCCCGAAUACAUCCCUCAGCACGCUGGUCGUGGAGACAGACAAGGAUGAUAAGUUUGAUUUUGAAAGGCUGAUAUGUUACUUUAUUUAUAAAGUGGAUCAUUUUUCAUAGUAACUGAAAUGGGUCGAGCCGUCUAUGCAGGUAGCCAGUACUAGCUAGGAAUAAUCAGGAUUUGAUGAAUAAUGAGUCUGUGUAUGUGUAGUGAGUCUAUGCAAAAUAUGUGUAGAUCAGCCUUUGCUUACAGAAGCUUUAAAAUGCAACUCUACUUGAUGAGAUGGCCGGAUGAUUCAUCUUACCAUGUCGACUUGAUAGCUUUUUUAUGUUGAUAAGGCAAAAUAUGUUAUUGUAUGUACAACUUAUUGCGCCGUGAUUACUUUUCACUGCCUUGCAAGAUAACGUAUCUCACCAUGCAGAUAUUAUUAAGCUGCUUAAUCGGAUUUGCAAGAUUGAAUAUUUUGCCAUCUCAUCAAGUGGUGACACUUUAAAGAUUCCGCACUUGAUCAUUGAAAUUGAUUUGAUCAAUCAACAAGCUGAACAAUCAAUCAAUCAGCCUGGUAUGUUAUACCUCAGUCAUAUUUGCUCUAUGGCGGCCGUAUGGUGAGUCGAAAACAAAUCACCUAUAUGUGUUAUGUUACAAAAAUGUUAAAACGGCUGUUUUCGACUCGCGGUACGGCCGCCGAAGAGCAAAUGUGACUGAGGUAUUACAAUACUCCCCCAUUCUCCGCCUUCCUUGCUCUUCUAGCUUUCUCUUUCAGUCAACAUCUCUGUUUCUUGUACCACUUUCCGUGGUCCAGGCCAGUGCAGUGAAAUAAAUUACUCCACAGUGGAGUUCGCUUUACAAGGACCCUUAUAAGUAAUGAGACCUGAUUGGAAUAAAUAUGGUAUUGCACACUUAAUCUUUGACCUUUGACCUUGCAAGGAAAUUGAGGGGUGGCUUUGAUGUUGCUUGCCUUCAAGGUUCAAAUAAGUCUACCUGCAAUAUGUACAAUAUGUAAUGAUAAAAGCAGGGCUGAAGUAGAACGGACCAUUUUGCAAGUGCCUUUCCGAUUUGGCACACUCUUAACACAAUCUCCCACCCCCCACCUUCUUCUUUGUCUUCCUGCUGUGGCCCUCAUUUCAUUGAUGUGCCCUCCCACCCCCUCCCUUUUUUUUUGUCUGCAGACUAAUAUAUGAUUUCUUUUGUUGUAAUGUAAGUAAUCAUCCCAAAGCUUAUGAUGGUGCUCAACUGAUAUUUAUUCAAUGAACAUAUUUGUUCUAUUUAUUGAUUGCAUGGAUUGUCAUGUAUGAAAUCAAUUACAAAAGGCACACUACUGUUUCAUUUUCCCACUGGAAUUUAAUAUAAAUGUAGCUGAGUAGAGAAAGUGAAGUCUUUGAUUAUCAAUUUUCCAUCAAUUUUGAUUUGGAGUGUCUUUUUUUUAUUUAUUGUAAAUUUUAUGGUUUUCAUUCCUGUUUUCAUUAUAGGAGGGUGUCUCCACGUAAUAAUUAUUAGCUAGCAUAAGUAGAAAGUAGUUGAGUUAUUUAUUUUAGCUUCCAUGGGUGUGGAUUACAAUUUGCUGACACCAGACACUGAGCAAAGCAAUUGAAAUGGCUUGCUAUAGCUGCAUCUUUUGGGUGCAGCCAAUUAAACUGUCCCAUCAAAUUGAAUUACAGAUGUCCCAGAGGCAGUUGCAGUAAAAAAUAAAACAAACGUUUGUCAAAUUCCUAACAAAAUUCAAAUUCCUAUUAAAAACUGACAAUCUUUAGUACUUUGUUUUUCCAGGAGACAAAUAUAAACACAUUUAAUCAACACUUUCAUGCAUAGAGGGAAUUUGUUCAUAAAUUUCAGGUGUAUCCAGAUUGCAAUAUAUUUAAUGAUAUGAAAAAGUACCAGGGUACUAUAGUUUAUUGCGUUAAAAAAUUUUACAUCUCAUAUUUUCCAAGUAUUUAUUGAUAUAUCCAUGCUUAUUUAUUUGUAUCAUUUAAUAUUAAAAUGAUUUAAUGGAUAUACGGUAUAUUUAAUGUAAAUUAUAGAAAAGAUACCUUUAUGGAAGUGUAAUAUUCCUGAUUGCAAGUUUAUUUAAUCCUAUACAAUUUACACCGUGGCCAUUUGAUAUUGAAAACACAUCCAUGGGUAUGUAAUGGGAAUUUGAUGCCAUUUAAUAUGAUAGUGUAAUAUUUGUUAUCGCAAGUUCAUUUAACCUAUAAUAAAUUGCAGUACUUUUUUGUUCGAAAACAUCUCUUGAUUAUAUGUUAACUUUGCAGUUUAAUUUACAUACCUGAAAUGUAAUAUUAUUUGUGAGAAUUGAAGUUUAGGGUAUUUUUAUGAUUUUAUUUUGAUAUAACUAAUAACUAUGUUGCUCAACAUGGACAAUUCUUGAGAUUGCCUGGAGUAGUCAUUUAAUAAAUAUGUAUAAAGGGAAAUCACUACUGUUCGUGAAUGAAUUUUAGCGUUUGCUGAAUAUGCUAUUUCAUUAAUGGUGGGAGAUGAAUAAAUGAACGAAUUGAUGGAUAAAAACUAAGAUUAAUCAGUGUUCAGAUAUUCAUCAGUAUACAAAUGAUGCACAGAUGCGAGUGCAUUGGUAGGUUUUGUGAGCACAAGGUAACUAUGGAACUGUGAAAUAAUGAUAAUAAUAACGUUUUAUUUACCCAGGGUAGCCACUUCAGUUAGGAAACUGCUCUAGCAGUGGGCCCUGCAUAACAUAUGUUAUUAUUACCCUUCUCCAAUCUAAAUGCCGAGUGCCGAUCAAGAAGGCAGAAGAUCCCAUUUUUAUAAGUCUUUGGUAUGACUCGGCCGAGGAUCGAACUCACUGCCUCCUGUUCAUGAGGCGAGCCACCAUGCCCGGUAAAUUGUUAACUGUAAAACCCACGAGGCAGGUUUAGACUAGAUUCCAUACUUACCGCAUAAUCACUAGUCCUACCAAUGUACGAACAAACCUGUGCUUCAUUUGUUUUAUAGAAUGGUGGAAUUUUUGGGAAAAAAAUCAAUAUUUUAACAACCAUGCAUAAGUAAUUACAGAUGACGCAUGGCAAAUUUACCGGAUGAAUUGCUGGCCAUGUGUCGGUAAUUACUUAAACAUAGUUGCCAUUCUAUUUAAAUUUUAACAGAUGAAAUGUUACUGUUGAAACAUUUGACAUUAUUCAGUAAAUGACAUUCAUACUAUGCAGGUAUUUUGAUUCCUAUCUUGCCUUGAUGUUAAUGGGAUUAGUUGUUUCCAGUUUUGCAAUAAUAACUUUGAUCAAAGUGCUUGACAUUUGAAUUCUUUCAGUUUAAUUAUUAGCUAGGAUUUUCUCAUAAAUUUGACUUUCCUGUGUGUUUGUUUUUUCUAUUUUUUUUUUUUGUACAUUAUAUGCAUCACCGCUACUUUCAAUUAUUUAUUGCCCAAAUACUGUCUGUACUGAAAGCGCACUGUCGGACAUUACGUUUCCUGUGCCUUACAUUCGUUCAUCAAUUUCUUUUCAUCAUAGUUUAGAUGUAUUGAAAGUUAUUUUUUGACCAGAAUUAAUUAGUUACUGGCCAUGCGUCAUUUCAACUAUAAUCGUGUAUUCAAUUAAAUUAUUAAAUAAAACAUUGUGAAUUAUAAA